CCCUGCCUGAACCAGUAUGCUAAAUGCAUAAUAUACAUAUUCAUCCUGUGUUUAGGUCAGACAAGACAAUUUAAGCCGACAUGUUGCGUCGCCGACACAAGAAAUCCCGAAGAGGUUGUCUUACAUGCAGACAACGACACGUCAAAUGUGAUGAACGCCGCCCAGUAUGUCUUCUCUGCACUAUGUCCCAUCGGGAAUGCAUCUAUGCACCAUUGGAUCCCGACACGAUAACGAGUCCUGCUUCUCAAGCCUCUCCUUCUGAGUUUGACCACCCGCAACUUCAAGUACAAGAGCACAUCAAAAGCCCGAAUAAUGGAUUAUUCCACACUCCGAGCGUACAAAAUGACUCAGCGUGUGGUACCCGACCGUCCCCCGAUAUUAGUUCCUUUGUACAUUCAACUUCUAGCCUCAAUCCGUCCCAACAACUAAGCCCAAUUCACCACACCCAGCCGAACCAGCCAGGAUUUACGGAGAUAGACGCCGAGUUGAAUUUCAAUCAUAUGGAACUUAUCAUUCAUCUACUCACUGACCACGACGUCUUUAGCCUUAGCCUUGGCGAUCCGGCCUUUAGUACAGACCCUGGGCUUUCCAUUGGGCUCAAAAAAGGCCUGGAGUUUCCAUAUCUUCUUUAUCAAUGUCUUGCUUUCUCUUCUCUCCAUCUAGCCUUUGUGCCGUCUGAUAAGUCAAACAUCUACAGACACCAAGCCGCGUCUUUACAAACUCGAGCCCUCUCCCUCUUCAAUUCGAUGGGAACAGAGGUCGAUGAGUCCAACUGCGUUGGCGUUCUCUUAUUUUCCAGCAUCCUGGGUCUCCACCUUCUCACCGACACGCUCGCUGAGCGGACAUCAGGUAGUCUCGACGCUUUCGUGGAAAAGUACGUGCAGUGCAUUGAGAUACAUCGUGGCGUUUAUUCCAUCGCUAUUGCUGCGUGGCCGUACCUUAUGAAAUCAGACCUUGAGCCCGUGAUAUCAUCGAGCUCAAGCUUUACAUCACGGACGCCGACUGGGGAUGACUGUCAACUUCUCAGCAAAUUGAUCGAGUCUGCCGCUUGCCUGGGAGAGGAAGACAAGGAGGCUUGUCGGCGAAUGAUUCGGUACCUGCAGAUUGGCUUUGACGCUGUAUCUACAGAGUUAGAGCAGGGAUAUAGACACUACAUGAUAUAUACGUGGCUGAUGCUGGCGCCUCCGAAGUUCACGGAUCUCUUGACAGCAAAAACACCCGAAGCUUUUGUCUUAUUAGCAUACUACGCUAUUUUGCUGCACUACGGCAGGCAUUUGUGGCAGGUUGGAGAUGCAGGAUUGUAUAUCAUACGGAUUAUUAUCGAAUAUCUUGGCCCCGAGUGGCAAACCUGGCUCGACUUUCCGCGAAAGAGAAUAAUGCAAGAGUCUUUGGACGGGUUAGUACGAGAUUCACAUGCUUUUUUGGAAACAGUACAACAUUAGAUUGACCAUUGUUAUCAAUAGAAAGAUGAGAUAUUGACGAGUCACAUAGAAUAUCAAUAGCUUUCAUACGGAGUAAACCUAGUUUAAUAAGGACUAUUCAAUUUAGAUGUGUGACCUAUAAUAUUCAAACAAUAGAUACACAUAACAUAUGACAUAUGUAAUGAAUAAGUAUAUAGAGC